UUUAGUCAUCCUGGAGUAAGGAGUUGAUAGAGAUAAAUUUCAUUCAGUAAAAUUAUUGUCAAUACACGUUGACACUGAUUCAGUCUGGCUGGUGUUCAUAUUAUCUUCACCUUAUAUAGCAGCACUUUAUUUACCACACACACGACAAGGAAAAUUACAAUGUACACACCAGUCAAUAAAAACACCGUGAACUUAAUUAAUAUAUCAUUAUAUACAUUAUAUGUGUGAAUGAUAAAAAAUUAAAACACCUUGAGAUAUUGUAAACUUGAUUAUAUAGAAGUUAUAUAAUUCAUGAAACUCUUCGUAAUGUUAGCGAUGAUGACCUAUGAUUUUUUUUCGUGUUUCAGAAAGCGACCGACUCUUUACUCCCGCGGACACGUUGAAUGUUCUAAUAACUUUUUGUAAUGCCAGAAAAUCUGGGGAGGAAGGAAGUGUUGGGGCAGCUGAUGUAGACGAGGAGGGCCCUUUGUACGCCCAAGAAGGAGAGGAGGCCGCCCGCUGGUCCUCCUUCCUCAACAACUUCUGCAAGAGGAUUAGGGUGUGGACGGCCACCAGAGACGCUCUCACUCAGUACCGCGACGUGCUUAUAGGUCGGCUGGAGGAGAUGCGUAAGGUGGAUCGUCUUCGUCGGGAGAACGCAGAGCUCAGGUUUCUCCUGCAGGGUGUUGUGAACGAUCUGUAACCUGGGGCCUAGCUGCUGCUUGGGUGCUUCCUGUGCCGUUUCAUCAGUGACAAGUUUUUCGGGUUUUACUGGAAUUCUUAUCAGUUAAUCAUGUCUGUUCCCACCAAUUGUUUGAUAUAUGUUGCUAUUGUUAUAAAAACUGUAAUUUACUUCGUAGUCCAACAGCUCUGGCCAUGCUUUGGAUGAUAAUAACGCCAGUGAAUUUCCUCUUCGUUUUAAAGGCUUGUUGAAUAAUUAAUGCACAUUUGGUUUUCGUUUGUCUGCACAAUAAUAUUAUCUUCUGUCGAUUGUUAUGAUGAUUACUGCGAUA